UCUGGACUACCAGCGUUGCUGGCGACUCAUGAUGGACAUCUUCUUUCUUUUCUCCUGUCGCAAUCAUCAUGAUGGUAUCCGACGCUGUGGUAGUGGCCAUGCUCAGCAAUAAUACCCCGGGAAGGGGCUGGGGUGAUUAGCUCCGAGGAUUGGCCGGCCAAGGAGCCUUUGACAAACGACAGUCUUGAUCAGAGAGUUGUCGGUCAGUAGCUAAGUACACAACUACAGUACAGUACUAGUGAGCCAUUGGAACUGACUUGAUCAAGAUAGAUAGUUAGGAGUCGAGGUGGAGUCAUGACCACACCCUGUAUUUGGCCGAGAGAAACCUUAUCGUCGGGACUCUCGUAAUCUUUGCCAGGGUGCUUUCCAGGCGCCUGGUCUGUCAUCCUCAAGUAUGUAGAGACCGAGCCUUGCUUACCGAUGACUGCCGAGUUUCCCAGGAGAGAUAUCUUCAGAAGUCAAUGGAACCUAGCUGUCGAUCUACACCAUCAAUGCCCUUUCGGUCAGGUCACGGUUCACGCUAGGUUACCACCGGUGCGGACAAAAAGCAUCUUGGCUGGUCUGGCGAUCCUGCCGGCAGCUGCGAUCUCUUGGAUGAUAGACCCCACGACGAGCGACACGCAUACGUACACGCAGCCCAAUGAGGAGAUCUACCGCAAACGACCAGUCGUGGCGUUCUGUCAUCUUGGAAUCCAGCUGCCAACUGCAACCCUCAACACCACCCUCCUCUUCCGAAAGGAGAAAAGGCCUCCUGCAACAUCAACCCAUGUUGCCCUUUUGAUCUCAUAUCGGCGACCGUCACGUCCCCGGGUGCAGUUGGAACCCUGCCUUCUUCUCAAAGCGGUCAACUGA